UCAAAGUAUUAUCGAUAACAUUUAGUAUAGAACACUACCGAUAGUUAAAAAGAAUAUUUAUGGUAUUUGUUGAUAAGAGUUGAAAAAUGUUAAAUGGAUUCUUAAUACGAGUGCAAAGACCUUAAAUGGACUACGCGGGAUGCUAUAUGCAGUGAAAUUGAGGAGACAUGGAAAUCUGUGUGUGAAAUUGAAGAGAUAGCUUGAUCAGUGAAUAAGAAUAAGAAGAAGAAGAAUGCACUUGAGCGAGAAUGAAGGAAUUGAGGGGAAGACCUUCGUGGUCACAGGUGGACUCGGAUUCGUAGGAUCUGCUCUGUGCUUGGAACUCAUACGAAGAGGUGCUAAGCAGGUGCGAUCCUUUGACCUCCGUGAAUCUUCUCCUUGGUCGCAUAUUCUCAAACACAAGGGAGUCAACUGCAUACAAGGGGAUGUUUCCCGCAAAGAGGAUGUUGAAAGGGCACUCCGUGGUGCCGAAUGUGUAUUCCACCUUGCAGCCUUUGGUAUGUCCGGAAAAGAGAUGCUGCAAUUCGGCAGAGUUGAUGAAAUCAAUAUAAAUGGGACAUGCCAUGUUAUUGACGCAUGCCUUGACCUUGGUAUCAAAAGGCUUGUCUAUUGUAGCACAUACAAUGUUGUCUUUGGUGGUCAGAAGAUCAUCAACGGAAAUGAAAGCUUGCCUUAUAUUCCAAUUGAUAGUCAUGUUGAUCCAUAUGGCCGCAGUAAGUCAAUUGCUGAGCAGUUGGUUCUAAAGAAUAAUGCCCGCCCUCUCAAGAACGAUGCUGGAAAUUGUCUUUACACUUGUGCUAUUCGUCCCGCUGCAAUCUAUGGACCGGGGGAAGACAGGCACCUUCCGAGGAUCAUAACCAUGGCAAGGUUGGGUCUGAUUCUGUUCAGAAUUGGAGACGAAACUGUCAAGUCAGAUUGGGUUUUUGUGGAUAAUCUUGUCCUUGCUCUUAUACUAGCAAGUAUGGGACUUUUGGAUGACAAUAAUGAAAAGGGAAAACGACCUAUAGCUGCUGGCCAGGCAUACUUUAUUUGUGAUGGUUCACCUGUCAAUUCUUUUGAAUUCCUCCAACCUCUACUCAAGAGUCUGGAUUAUGAACUACCAAAACCAUCUUUAUCUGUCGAACAUGCUCUUGUUCUUGGGAGGAUUUGCCAAGGUGUUUAUACGAUCUUAUAUCCAUGGCUUAAUCAACGGUGGCUCCCUCAACCAUUCAUCCUUCCAAGUGAAGUACACAAGGUGGGAGUGACACACUAUUUCUCUUAUCUUAAAGCCAGAGGGGAGAUUGGCUAUGUUCCCAUGGUGAUUCCGCGAGAGGGGAUGGAUUCUACCAUAACUUACUGGAAACAGAGGAAAAGGCAAAUUCUGGAUGGGCCUACCAUUUAUGCGUGGCUGUUUUGUGUCAUUGGAAUGACCUCACUCUUCGGUGGGGCUUUUCUACCAGACACAAUAUGGAUUGUAUCUCUUCUGAGAGGUAUAUGUCUAUUUGUGUUUGGGUCAAUUUGGAUGACAAGACUGGUAUUUUUGCUGGCCACAGCUGCACAUGUGAUUGAGGGCAGUUAUGCUUGGUACCUGGCUAAAAAGGUGGAUCCUGCAAAUGCAACAGGCUGGUUUUGGCAAACAUUUGCACUGGGAUACUUUUCAUUGCGUUUUCUAUUGAAAAGAGCAAGGGAAUAAGUCCUCUUGUACCAUAGUUAAUGUUAACAAUUGAAUUCUCUUUCCCAUUAAGAAAUGAAUUAUCAGUGGUUGUACUUUGUAAUAACAAAUAAAAUAAAAUAACUUAUCCAAAGCAGAUAUAAACAAGCUACAUUUUUUUCUUAAA